AUGGACAAGUCAGGAAAGGGUUCUGGAUUCAGGAGAAAUACCUUGGUUAGGUCUUGGCAACCAGCAACCACACCUCCUGAGCAACAAGCCUUAGCUCCAUCUGCAUCUCUCCGCAGCACCCAUCCCAGAAGACCUGUCAUUGCACAACCGGCUCCUCAGGCCUCGGCGGACGAGCAGGCAGCACUGCAACAGGACCGGGUUCAGCCGGAUAAGAUGGAGGCUGAACAGAGAGGAAGAAAAAUCUGGUGCCAGAACUGGAGCUUCCUGAAGGACUAUGACCAAAUGGGUAAGAAAAAGGAGCAGAAGCCACUGCCAAACUAUGCGUCUGUGUUCUCAAGCGAAGUUCCCAACUCGACCAACCAGACUAUUGGCAGUCGAGUGAAUACUGAACUUGGCAGGGCUCUCGUAAACAUGGAUUACGUCUUCAGUAGUGGAGCACGGAAGAGGAAACUUGAGACUGAGCUCCAGCUUUCCUAG